AUGGAGAAGUCAUCAUCAGCUAUUGUUGUUUCUAAGCCUGAAACAAAGAAGUUCAACGAGAAGGAAAUGUAUCGGCCAUGGUCUGAACUCGCAGAUCUAAUUAUUGAGAAGAUCUAUGGUGGUCUGGAAUUCCUAGAUAAAUUCCGGACGGCAUCGGUCUGUGUCUCGUGGAGAAAUGCUGCUCCGGAGUUCGCGAGACGCCGUCCUCAGAAGCUAGUUCCAUGGCUAAUCCUCUCUUAUGAUGUACAAACAGAGGCUCUAGGUCUUCUCAACUUCCAUGAGAAUAUGAUCCACCACAUAAGGAUACCGCACAUCAAUAUGAAAUUAUGCUGCGGUUCAUCACAAGGGUGGUUGUUUAUGUUCGAUGACGCACAAUACAACCAUUGCUUCCUAUUGAAUCCAAUCACCAAAGCUCGAAUCCAUCUUCCACCUCUCAAUAUUGAACUGCUACCUCAUGAUGUUGUUAAGGUAAUCUUGUCUUCCGAUCCUAAGAUCAGUGAAGAAUGGAUAGUUGUUGCUUGUGUAGCAUCACGUGGGUUAAUCUUCUACAAAUCAACUUUCAUGUCAUGGUCCUUUGCGUCACCAGAAGACAGAUUAUGGUAUCCUUUGGAUGAUAGAGACAUUGUAAUUUAUGGUAGAAGAGUUUAUGCUCUUGAAAUAUUACAUUCACUUUCGAUUUAUGAUAUGGAUCAUCUAAUAUGCAUCCUCGAGGGUUCUGCAGUUUCACCAUUCUAUGAUCUUCAUCACACCACCGAUCCGUAUAUUAGCUACUUGGUGGAAUCAAAUGGAGAAAUAUUUCUGAUUGCGAGGUUCUUUAAGAAUAUCAGGAACCCAUGCACUGCCUGUGAUAGCUUAUCGUUUGGGGAGUGCUUUGAAUGCCAAUCUGCAAGUUUUCAUUAUGUAACUUUAAAAUUUCUUUUGUUCAAGUUGAAACUGAACUACGACGAAAGGAGAAAGAGGACAGAUUAUGUCUGGGUCAAACAAUCAAGUCUGGGAGUCGAUCAAGCACUGUUUCUAAGCAAAAGUGGCUCCAUAUCAAUCUCAACUAUAGAGAGCCCAGGGGUGCAUGGUGAUUCUGUAUAUUUCACAAAUGACUUGCAUCCAGAGACAGGUAAGCUUUUCGAUAGAGGAAUCUACCAUAUCCAGGAUGGCCAGUGCGAACCCCUUAUUCAGAUCGACUCCUAUCCUUCCGACUUUCCUUCAGUGUGGAUCACACCCUCAAUUUGA